AUGCCAUCCUCAAAGACACCGCUCGAAGUUGAUGAUGUCACCAUCACCAGCUUCACCGUUACCGAUAUCAGAUUCCCCACUAGUCUAGACGGAGUUGGCUCAGACGCUAUGCAUGUUGGUACGAAUGGGUCACAUCCAUACAUUCAACUUCAUACCAAUCAUGGUGAUUUAAUCGGUGAAGGCAUUGCCUUCAGCAACGGUCGAGGAAGCGAACUCAUUUGUAUGGCUCUGAACAUAUUCGCUAAACGCGUGGUUGGGAAGACUAUGCAUGAGUUGACUCGUAACAUGGGCAAGACCUGGCGAUAUAUGGUCUCCGACUCCCAGUACAGAUGGAUCGGUCCGGAGAAGAGCGUGACGCAUUUGGCCGUUGCUGGCGUACUCAAUGCUGUCUGGGACCUCUGGGGCAAGAUAUUAGGCCUUCCGGUGUGGCAGAUCGUGUGUGAGAUGAGCCCCGAGGAGAUAGUCCGCUGCAUCGACUUCAGGUAUAUCACCGAUGUCAUCACACCAGACGAGGCCAUCCGUAUGCUUCAAAAGACAGCCAAAGGCAAGGACGAGCGCUUGAAGGAGGCAUUCGACAAUGUUGCCGUACCAGCCUAUACUACAUCCGCGGGAUGGAUGGCGUUCUCUGGCGACAGGAUGAAGGAGGUGCUGCAUGAGACAUUAGCGCAGGGUUACAAGGUCUUCAAGUUCAAAGUCGGGACCAACAUCGAGGCCGAUAGAGAAAGAUUGUCUGCUGUGAGAGACGUCUUGGGUUACGACAAUGACUACCAGAUCAUGAUUGAUGCCAACCAGGCAAGUCGUCACUCCGUUCCAGGAUGGAUGUCACUAACGCCUGAACAGGUAUGGAGCGUACCCGAGGCUAUUGAGUACAUGAAGCAUUUGGUGGAGUUUAAGCCUGUGUUUAUUGAAGAGCCUACAAACCCUGAUGAUGUGCUGGGACACGCAGCGAUUCGCAAGGCGCUGAAGCCGUACGGCGUUGGUGUUGCCACCGGUGAAGCAGCACAAAACAGAGUCACUUUCAAACAGUUACUGCAGGCUGAAGCAACUGAUGUUGCACAAAUCGAUGCUGUUAGACUCGGUAGCGUUAACGAAUGUCUUGCGGUCAUGCUGAUGGCCCUCAAGUUCAAUAUCCCAUGCGUUCCACAUAAUGGUGCGAUGGGCCUGACUGAACUUACAUCUCAUCUCAGCACAAUUGACUAUGUUGCUAUCAGUGGACGCAAGUCAAUGCUGGAAAAUGCCGACAGCCACCGCGAAAACUUGCGACAUCCCUCCAAGAUUGUCAACACUCACUACGUCACGCCAUUAUCACCAGGUUACUCUACAGGCUACACCGAUGAAGCGCUUCAAAAGUAUACUUAUCCUGAUGGCAAGUUCUGGACAUCUGAAAUUGGUUUGAAGAUCAUCGCGCAGCCCACGGGUGGCGAGUUAUAA